AUGGUACGCAGGAUGGAGACGAAAUAUGCCCUCGCCGACAGGGAGACAGCUCAUGCCAAUUCUCAAGUCCUUGCCGAUAAUGACGACGCCGAAGAGACUGUAGCCCUCCCAAAAACCAAACCGGCUAUUAUUUCACGAUAUCUCGCAGCGGACUUCAAUUUUCCGUCAAGCGGGCCAGAGGAUGCCCUGGAAACGCAACUACCAGAAGCCAAAAUAGUAUCACAGGCGCCCAUCAGUCGGACCGCCACUACUCCCCAACUGUCGAACAAAUCCUCGUCGAGCGCUCAUAUUCCUGCUACCUCGAACACACCGCCAUGCGCGCAGCCAAGCCAGCGCAUAAUACCAGCUACUAUUCGGAAACACCCAAGCCCGCCUCGAGAAGGCCUCGGCGAACCAGGAAAGAAGCGCCGGCGUAUGAAGCCAAUCCAAUUCAGUGAUCCUGAUGACCCAGAGGAGAAUGCUGCAGCGGUAGAAAGCAGCAGGAACACGACCACCUUCUCACGCAUGGCGCCAACCAAAAUCUAUACCCAGAUCUCGAGUUCUAAUUCGAUUUCCUCGAGCAUAGUUGUGCCAGCUACCAUCCCACAAUCUCCACCAAUUCGGAAGAGUCCGCCCCAAGGACGUGCUCAACGGGCAUCUGGACUCAACGGAGCACAGAACCAAACUACAGGUCAGCUAAAUGACAAGAAUGAUGCGAUAGAGAUAAUAGUUCCCCCAACUAUCCCUGAGCUCAAACCUUUCGAGCUCUUCACACAGACAUAUCCAGCUUAUGAAAAGGAUUACCGAGGCACCCGAUGGUCAUUUAUAAGAGCCUGCGUCUGCCUGGACUACUUAAUGAAAGCCAACUCGUUGCGAGAGUAUCUGUGGGAUGACUUUAUCAGAGCCUUCUCUGCAGAUUAUGUCGAAUACGUUGAAAAUACUAACGACCCCCUUCCAGCCCUGGAUUGGUUCAAUACUCUUAGUGGCGCACCAGUGUUCACUCAACUGUUGGUCAAAAGGGACACCAUCCAUGAUAUACUGAACACAUACCCUGAUGAACUUCGGAUGGCAAAAUCAUAUACCAACGAAGAGGGGAAGAACAAGGGCAGAGAUAGCCGGUCCCGUGGAAGUGACCAUAAAAGUGCAAGUCCAGCUGAGCCACCUCGGGUCAGCCCUCAGCACAUCUCCUCCCCUCCCCGCAUCCUAAUCGAUCCCGAGACUGUAGUCGAAACCGUUCCCUCUACAUCAAUCGAGAUGCAGGAUGUACAAAAUAACAUUUCACCAAUCUCUCCCAAACCUCGGCUCCCGAGUUCACCAACAACGCCCACGGUAGAUCGGGAGCCUGGAAAACAUGAUACGCCCCCGGCUGAACCCACAGUGCCUAGCACAACCAGAUUAGAGUAUCCCACACAGGUUAACUUUCCCCAUCCACUGCUGGACACCCCGCAUCCACCGAUUCCAUCAAGCGCAAGGUCAACUGCCACGAGGUCGUCGACAGGCACUCGCCGAGGGUCAAGUUACCUCCAGAGGCUGGCGUCAAGCGCCAAGGAUCCGGAUGCCAAGAGGCGGGAACGUCUUCGACGGCAUUUCCUUAGGAAGAAAUCCGGCUCGACACCCAGCUCCAGGAAGGCUGCUUGA